AGCAUCAUGAAAACCGGUUGAUCAAAAAUCUCUACAUAUCUUAUUUUCGAGGUUUCUCAACAUCCUCCACCGAUGUUAUUUGUUCGUUAGCAUUUCUUUCUUUCUUUUCUUUGUUUUGAAUAACGCAGAAGUGACAGUUGGAUAGUUAAAAUAUACAGCUGUCGCUUCGCCCAGAAGCGCUCGGAAACAUCAGAAAUGUCUGCAAGCGCUGUUUAUGUCUUAGAUCUGAAAGGCAAGGUCCUGAUCUGCCGCAACUACCGCGGCGAUGUGGACAUGUCCGAGAUCGAGCACUUCAUGACCCUGCUGAUGGAUAAGGAGGAGGAGGGCACGUUGUCGCCCAUCCUGGCCCACGGAGCAGUGCGCUUCAUGUGGAUCAAGCACAACAACCUUUACCUUGUUGCUACGUCUAAGAAAAAUGCUUGCGUCUCUUUGGUUUUCUCCUUCCUGUAUAAAAUUGUGCAGGUGUUCUCGGAGUACUUUAAGGAGCUGGAGGAGGAGAGCAUCAGAGAUAACUUUGUCAUCAUCUAUGAACUGCUGGAUGAACUCAUGGACUUUGGCUACCCACAGACAACAGACAGCAAGAUCCUACAGGAAUAUAUCACGCAAGAGGGACACAAGUUGGAUACGGGUGCUCCACGUCCUCCUGCCACAGUGACCAAUGCCGUGUCGUGGAGGUCAGAGGGCAUUAAGUACAGGAAGAACGAGGUUUUCCUGGACGUCAUCGAGUCCGUCAAUCUCCUGGUGAGCGCCAACGGUAACGUCCUGCGCAGUGAGAUUGUGGGCUCCAUCAAGAUGCGCGUGUUCCUGUCAGGCAUGCCCGAGCUCCGGCUUGGCCUCAACGACAAGGUCCUGUUUGAGAAUACCGGACGAGGGAAGAGCAAGUCUGUGGAGUUGGAGGAUGUGAAGUUCCACCAGUGUGUACGUCUGUCGCGCUUCGAGAAUGACCGCACCAUCUCCUUCAUUCCACCAGACGGAGAGUUUGAGCUCAUGUCUUACCGCCUCAACACACACGUAAAGCCACUGAUCUGGAUCGAGUCUGUGAUUGAGAAGCAUUCACACAGCAGAAUUGAGUACAUGAUAAAGGCCAAGUCGCAAUUCAAACGGCGCUCCACUGCCAACAACGUGGAGAUCCACAUCCCCGUGCCCACGGACGCAGACUCGCCCAAGUUCAAGACCACCGUGGGCAGCGUCAAGUGGGUGCCCGAGAACAGCGAGAUCGUCUGGUCCAUCAAGUCUUUCCCAGGGGGUAAGGAGUAUCUGAUGAGAGCCCAUUUUGGCCUGCCCAGUGUAGAAGCAGAAGAUAAAGAGGGAAAACCACCAAUCAGUGUUAAGUUUGAGAUCCCCUACUUUACCACCUCUGGAAUACAGGUGCGCUACCUAAAGAUCAUCGAGAAGAGUGGGUACCAGGCGCUGCCAUGGGUGCGCUACAUCACCCAGAACGGAGACUAUCAGCUCCGGACUCAGUAGAACUUCAGCCGUCUCCUGUGGUGCGACCUGGCCUCGGUGUGGGCCUGGAUCGCUCACAUUUUUCUCUUUCUCUCUCCCUCUGUCUUUUUUUUUGCUCACUCACGCUCACUCACUCUUUCUCUUGCUCUUCCUAUCUCUCUCUCUCUCUCUCUCUCUCUCUCUCUCUCUCUGUGCUGUUCUCUGGAUCUGGACUAGUGAUUUCUCUGCAGUGUUUGGAGGUGGAGGGGUUGCACAUUCAGGUGCCAAAUUCAUAGUCAACUAGUUAUUUUUAAUCCUCUUUGUCCAACAAGGGACUUUUAAAGUAUGUGCUCACUAGAUUUAUGCGUUCGCUAACUAAAUGGCUGAAAUCGCAGAAGGAAACGCAGCUGAUUUCCACACAUCUCAUCUCCAUUCCCCUCCGAUGUGAUGGUCAUGCAUUGUGUGCGUGUGAGUCCUGAACUACUUCCAGAAGUCCCUCAAACCUCAAACUCUGCAGCAUCUCACGCCUGCUCCGGCACAGCCUGUCUUUCCAAGAGCUGUCAGUUCCUCUGUGUGCGUGCGUGAGACAGUCAGCAGUUACCGCGUGCGUCUCCGUUCACCGCUAGAGAGGCCGUCCUCAGCGCAAACUUGUCUGAGACGCGGCGAGGUUCUAGCCAGUCCCCUGUGCUGUUGCUGACAAACAGUACAAACAAGACACGGCACUCUCCUUACCAGCCUAAAGAGUGGUUAGGGCUCGUCAAAGUGGUUUGCAUAUUUCGUUUACAUGUGUACGUGUACAGUGCUUUUGUACACAUCUGUAUAUGUUUGUAUCCACCUGCUUGGCACUACUCAGUGUGAACCUGGAUUGUCUUGUCUACACAUUUUAACUCUUCGUGUUAUCUCGAGGAUGCCGUCGAAUCCAAAGGACCAGUACUUCCUGUAAAAGUCAAUGUAAUGUUACUCCACUAAGCCUUAGGAGUUGUAAGAUUCAUCAUGGUUUCUCCAGUUACAGCUAAUGUGCUUGCCAGCUGUUUGCACACCGACAGAAAAUAAAACCAACCCACAAACAGGUCAAUCUUCAAAUAGCCUCUUUUUUUCUGAUUGUAUAUUUGCAUACGUCUGUGGUGGUUUUACUGUGUUUAUUAGGUAUUUUAAAAAUUUUCUUUCAAGUAUUUGUUUUGUUUUCAGUAUUACUUGAAGGAGUAAUGGCCUGAGGGUUUUGGUGUAUGUUCUCAUGUGCUGUGUUUCUGGCUAAGCUCGAAGAUGCCAUCAAAUGUUCGACGGGAGCCUGUUCCCAUCAGAUGGAAAGUGCCAUCGAAGCGCCGUUUCCCACACACUCCCUUACAGGCUACUGGCACGACUUGUAUGUAUGUAUGUAUGUAUGUAUGUAUGUAUGUAUAUGUCUCCAUGGUGUCACGCACAACUGCGCUGAGAAUUCGAGUUGCCCCCAGCAUCCCUGAUCCAUGAGGGGAAAAACGGUUUAACAGCUACUGAGACCGCGCAUGCCCUCUGUGCUCAGCGGUGAAACUGAAAUGGGACGCAUAAACGCAUUUGCCUGAACUUCUCAUGUCUCUCUGUAACUGGUGUCUGUAGACUUAAAGCAAAAUAAAGAUCCUGUUUUCACAAUA